CAGGAGGGGAUCCGCGCAAGGAAGGUGGGUCGAGCUUAGGGGGCAGGGCUGCCGCUAGGCCAGCUCCGGCUCCUGCUCCGUGGGGGCUGAGCAGAAUGGCGGGGCGGGACAGCUCGUUCGAACAGGUCGAGCUGCACCCUGAGGGGCAGGUCGGCGGGCGGAGACGGUGCCAACAGCCACGCCAACACUCCCGCCAUCACCAGCAUGCAUUCCCGGAGCCGCGUUCAUCCCUUCGGACGGGGACUCGGGCCGCUGCAGCCGCCGCCGCCGCCGCUAAGCUUUUCCCAUCCGCCGGCGGCCGCUUGGGUUCUUUGGCCGAAGACGAGCUGCCUCCGUGGCGCAGGCGCCGCCUCUUCAUGGAACCCCCCGAGCCGGCUUCGGAGGAGCCCCGCGGCCACCGAGCCUUGUGGAAAGCGCCGAGCGGGCGUCAGUGGCCCGUCCUGGUGGCCUGCUUGACCUGCUGCACCCUGCUCGGAUGGUACACGGCCCGCAGCCUGAAGGACUCCGCGGCGCUCGAAGACCUCUGGCGGGAGGAUGAAGACCCCGAGACGACGAUGACGACGACGGAGAUGGGGAUGGAGGAGACGGUGACGGUGCUGGUGUGGUGGCGUCCAUUCGGCAGCGGCGGCGUCGUCUCAGGCGACUGCCGGCAAUUCAACAUCAGCGCCUGCCGCGUCUCCACCAACCGCAGCCUCCAGCCCAAAGCGCACGCGGUCGUCAUCCAUCACCGGGACCUACAGUCUCAUGGCCUCGGCCAGCUACCUCGGCAGAGGCCGGCGGACCAGCGGUGGGUCUGGAUGAACUUAGAGUCGCCCACCCACACCACGGGCCUGAGUAACCUGGGCGGCCUUUUCAACUGGACUUUGUCCUACCGGGAGGACUCGGAUGUCUUUACACCCUAUGGGUACCUCAAGCUUCGGCCGCAGCCCCUGGUCCAGUUCACUUUGCCCAAGAAGACCAAGCUGGUGGCCUGGGUGGUCAGUAACUGGAAUGAAGGUCACGCCCGGGUCCGUUAUUACCACCAGCUGAAAGAGUAUCUCCCCAUUGAUGUUUAUGGAUCUCGUAGACUGUCGCUCAAAGACAACAAUGUGGUGAAGACUGUCUCGGAAUACAAGUUUUAUUUGGCCUUUGAAAACUCCCAGCAUCAUGACUAUAUCACGGAGAAACUCUGGAGGAACGCCUUUGAGUCGUGGGCCGUGCCCAUCGUCUUGGGUCCCCCGAGGGCCAACUACGAACGGUUUAUCCCCUCCGACGCCUUCAUUCAUGUCAAUGACUUCUCCGACCCCAUGGAGCUGGCGAUUUACCUGAAAUUCCUAGAUAAAAACAAGAACAUGUACCAGAAGCAUUUCGCCUGGAGGAAACGCUAUGAUGUGAAGCGUUUGUCCUUUUGGACCGAACAUUGUUGUAAGGUUUGUAACGUAGUCAGAAAGGUGGGGAAACAGCCCAAGACCAUCCAGAACCUCGCCACAUGGUUUGAAAGUUGACCUCCACGGAUUGACUGAGUUUCCAUGCAGGAUGGUUGGGUUGACGCAUUUACCCAACCAAAGCACAAGAAAAUAUAUCAAGGAUAUUUCAGUUUUGCUUAAGUUAUCAAUUAACUUAAUUGAUAAGUUAAGAUUGCUUGGUUUAAUAAUCAUGGGGAGAUUCACCGUUUUGUGUGUGUGUAUGCAUUUAUGGACUCCCCCCCCCCUUUUGGCCUCUAUGGUCAAUACAGUUCUUCAGCAAACUGAAGCACAAAAAUGUGCCACAUAUUUGUAUUUAAACGUUUAUUUGCAAUCUUAGCAAAUAAGCAAAAUAAGCGAAACCAUUAGCAAAAUACAUAUAAAUUUAUAGCGAUCAUAUCAUUUCAAUACAUCCCCUCUAUUUUUAAAAGCAGUAUUGGGCAGGAUGUCAGGCUUUCAUAGCUUCCUUGCAGCCAUUGCAAGCAAUGUAAUGUUUUGUUACAUGUUUGUCUGCAUCAGACAACCAAAACAAUUUUUUUCUUCUAAUCUAGAUUGUUUCAAUUGGAUUAACCAGGGCAUUAUGAAUCUAGACCAGAAUUCCUGAUAAAGUUUCCAAUGUAGUAAAUAAUGGGUCAAAUCUUCCACUUAUAAAUUAUUGCAAAUAUGUUAAAGGUGUAUAGUUGGUAAUCCUCUGUAUUUUCUGUCCAAAUAGGCUGUUAGCCUUGUAUGAAAGUGAAGUUUUAUAAAGGCUUUUUUCUCAGGGAAUAAGACGUAAGAAACUGUAAAUAGUAUCACAUUCCCCUUUCUCCUUGAUAUUCCUUGUCCUCCAUCCUGAAUUCUAAUUAAUACGUCUACUUGAGCUCAACUUUCACUAAUGUGCCUGUUUUUAUAGCAGUAGAAUUUUUAAAGUGGAGAAUAUUUUUUUUAAAAAAAUAGACUUUUUUUUACCCCAUAUGCAUAGUCUCAAGAGGAUCUGUGAUGAUUCACUACAGGAUUUGCUGAUGUUAUGCCUUUCAUUGUCAGACAACUUCAAAUUAUGACAUGUUCUCCUUUCAUUUUAGACAUAUUUAAAAACUUUUAUUGUCAGGGUGAGCCAGAAAAAUAGAUCCCAUUGGCAAGAUACAAAAUGUCAGGUCAAAAUUGUUUUGUUGUAAGUGAAAUAAUUUCAUUCAUUAGACCCAUGUUAGCAUUUUCAGGUUAUUAAUGCUAAUUACAGCUCUAAUUUAUUAAAAUUGAUAGACUCAUAGGCAAGAUAGUUUCCUAACUCUGACCAUUGAUACAACUUGCAUUGUUUGCACACAUUGGAUGAUCUAAUAUAAAUUAUACAACUAGAAGAAUUACUUUACUGGUUAGUUACUUGGGAAAACCACCACUUAAUUGAUUAAAAAUGUACUGGGAAAAUAAUUAAGAAAAAAUGUUGGUCUGCUGUUUGAUCCGUGCACUUUUUAAAAAAUUAAUCCUUUGGGGUUUGGCAUGUAUAUUACAGUUUUUCCAGAUGUUUUAAAAACAGCUAAUUUAGAGAGAAAAGUUUCCAAAGAUCAAAUUAUUAUUUUUUUCUCAAAAACAAUUUAUACAUAGGAUCUUUUGUUCUGGAAUAGAGUAUGCUAAGAAAUAAAGCAGUAUAUGAAACAUUCAUUCUUAAAACUGAAAUUUUAUAUUAUUGUAUUAUCAGUUCAAUGAGUGUUAGCAAAGCAGUAUUAAUAGAGUUUUGCCCACUGACUAAACAGACAAACUGACUGUGGAAGACCUUUACCCAAGUAAGUUUUUUCCCAGCCAGAAUCUAUUAUUAUUAUUUUUUAUUAGAAAUAUCAAGACAUGGACUGUACAGGUAGUCUUUGACUUAUGACCGCAGGCGAGACCAGAAUUUCUAUUGCUAAACAAGAUGGCCACUUUUAUGACCACUUUUGCCAAGCGGUUAUUAAGGAAAUCACUGCAAUCGUUAAGAGAAUAAUCAGGUAAUCUGCCUUGCCUUUGCUUGUGGGAAACCAGUUAGGAAGAUUGCAAAAGACAAUCAAAUAACCCAAGGGCAAAGCAGCUAUUGUAAAUACAUUCUGGUUGCCAAAUACCCAAUUUUCCUUCAAUGACUAUGAGGAUGCUGCAGUAGUUUUAAUUGUGAAGCUCAGUCACUUUUUUCAGUGCCGUUUCAACUUCAAAUGGUUACUAAACAACAGUUGUAACUCGAGGACUAUUUGUAUUAGCUGCACAUAAACUGAUACUGAAUUUGGUGUGUUUUCACAGUUUUAAUUCCAACAAUCUCAAAGAUGUUUUUUGUCUCUGCCUUCUAAAUUGCAACAGGCUCAAAAUAUCCUCACCUCUGUUUUUUUCAGCUAGGUCGCCUGUAGAUAUGAAUUACAUAAUAGGAAAAAAAUGCUAUAACAAGACUUCUCUUUGGAGCAUAUGAAAGAUUUCUUUCACUAAAAAUGAAUGUAUUUGCACCCAGAAGACAAGUAAGGAGAGAGGUGGCAGGAAAAAAAAAUUAAAGCAAACAACUUAACCGAUUUACCAAGAGUUUCCGUGGGGUGCGGUUUUUUUGGGUUUUUUUGGAGACAUGUUGGAAUUUUCCUGACUUGUCAUGGGGAAAAGUUAGUUACAAUUUCAAUUAAAUCAGAUUUGCCCACGCAGGAUAAAUGCCACAGUCUGACCCGUUGAUAAAUUUCAUGUAAACUGAUUAGAGAUAGGUAGAAAUCCUUGUAAUUUAUUUUCAUUUUGUUGCGUUUGCAUUAGUAGUAGAGAUCUUUAUGGUUCAAUAAUUCAUCAAGGAUUCUGAAAUUGUGUGGAAUUGAAAAUGCUGCGAUGGGAAGAGGAGCUUGCAAACUGAAAUAUGAAUUUUGAAAUCAUUUGCUGGAAAGGCUGGAAAGAAAUGAAAGGAGCCUUAACAUGACCUAUUUUUUUAACAAUGAAAAUUCACUGCUGUCUUUCAGGAAGAUUUUCAACUUCGUGAUCUAAUUUAUAUCCUUGGUAUUUCCUAUCAAAGCACUAAGCAGGUUAAGCCUGUUUGCUUUCCCACCGGCCAAAUGUUACUGCAUACCAGUGGUGAAAUCUAAAAUUUGUUACUACCGGUUCUGUGGGUGUGGCUUGGUGGGGGGGGUUAAUGUGACGGUGGGCGUGGCCAAUUUUUUUUUUUACUUUUAAAACCAUUUUUUCUACAACCUCUUCGCCAAAGAGGUUGUUUAAAAAAUGCUUUCAAAAGGCUCUGAUGAUCCCAGCUGAGUUGCCUGAUUGGCAGAGGCUUUUUUCCUUUUAAAUGCCUCUGACGAUCAGGCAACUCAGCUUGGAUCGUCAGAGGCUUUUAAAAGAAAAAAAAGCCUCUGAUGAUCGCGCAGCUCAGCUGCGCAUGGGGGGGGGAGGGAUUUUUGCUACUGGUUCUCCGAACCACCCGCCUCCAUCGCUACUGGAUCGGGUGAUCCAGUCCGAACCGGGAGCAUUUCACCCCUACUGCACACAGUACAUAUUUUAAAGGAAAUGAAACUUAAGGCAGUGAGCCAAAUUUUUUUAAUACAGAUUAAGCCGUGGUUUCCUUCCUUCCUUCCUUCCUUCCUUCCUUCCUUCCUUCCUUCCUUCCUUCCUUCCUUCCUUCCUUCCUUCCUUCCUUUUUUAUGAUCAUAAGGAACAAUAACUUGCACUAAAGACAACAUUGUAUCUUGAAAAGAUUCUGUCUGUGGAAAUUUGCACUGGAAUAAAUGAGCUAGUCCUUAAAGUGCCACAAUAUUAUUUGUCCUUUUUUAUGCCUUAUUGGAAUAAAUUGGAAAGUUUGUCUAAUAUCCGUGUGAAGAUGUUAGUUUCAGGAAAUCAUUGCUCUGUAAAAGGUUAUAUAUUGUGUUGAAGGAAAGUAUUGGUCGAAGUUAUUCCUAACAAACCUUCUUUGCAAAUGGUCAUUUUAAAGCAAGCCUCCUGCUUAUUUUGUGAAAUUUAUAGGGAAAUAAUAUUUUAUAUGUCUUAUAUCUCAUCCUUGUUUUGUCCUGUCUUAUUUCUUGUUCUUGAACUUAUAACAGUCCCUUUAGCUUUAAUUACAUGGUUGAGAAACUAAACUAAAAAUUUGGGACCCAUACAAAUGCACAGGUAUUGUCAUAUUGAUUGCUUUUAAAAAGAUACAGGUAGUCAUUGGUUUACAGUACAACUGGGACGGGUGAAAUCCAGCAGAUUCUGACAGGUUCUAGAGAACCGGUAGUGGAAAGUUUGAGCAGUUCGGAGGACCGGCAGUGGAAAUUUUGAGUAGUUUGGAGAACCAGCAAAUACCACCUCUGGCUGGCCCCAGAGUUGGGUGGGAAUGGAGAUUUUGCAGUAUCCUUCCCUCAGGAGUGGGGAGGGAAUAAGGAUUUUGCAGUAUCCCUCCCCUGGAGUGGGUGGGAAUGGAGAUUUUGCAGUAUCCUUCCCCUGCCACACCCACCAAGCCACGCCCACAGAACUGGUAGUAAAAAAAAAAUGGAUUUCACCACUGAACUGGGACCAGAAAUUUAGUUGCUAAAUCAGGUGGUUAUUAAGUGAGUUGUGUCCAAUUUUAUGAUUUAUUUUUUUUUUUGCCACGGUUAAGUGAAUUUCUGCAGUUGUUAACUGAAUCAUGGGAUUGUUAAAUAAACCCAUCAUCCCCAAUUCAUUGCUUGCUGGAAGCCAGUUGGGAAACUUGCAAAUGGCGCCCAUGACCCUGGGACACCGCAGUUGUUAUAAAUAACAAUUUAUAAGUACCCAAAUUUUGAUAUUGUGGCCAAGGGGAUGCUGUGAUGGUCAUAAGCAGGGGGACCAGUCCUAAGUCACUGUAGAAAAUUAGCACCCAUGCCCUCCUAGAAGAAUGAAAUAUUUUGAGAAAUAUUAAAAAGGCAGAAUAUUAUAUUUCCCUGGAUGAGAAAUUGAGAAACAUGCUCUUGGAGACAGAAAGCAGCCCCCAUCUUUCUUAAUAGCCCUCAGCAGAUAUCAGCACUUAGAGACAAAGGGAUAGAUAGCUCUAUUCAUAAGCAAAUUCCCUGCAGCAAGGUCUGAAUAAAGGUAGGAUUAGCCCUCAGCCAAAAUAGGAAUUGCCCAACAAGCCCCUUCAUUGCAUCAGCAGAUCAAACUUCAACCAAACUUGGGAGUCUGACAACAGCCAAUAGAAUACAUGUUCUUGCACAGGAAUAGGAAGUUCAAGUGCAAAGCCCAAGAGAAGUUAUAACUACCCCCUUUCAAUUUCUUGUGGUCAACUGCCCAGAACCACAAACCCAUGUGGGUCUGCUUCAUCAUUAAACCAUCUUUCCAAUCAUCCUCCAUGUUUCCAGUGUCUUUCUUCCAGCUUGGAACUGAACCAGAUGGAUAUUUCUUCCAACACCACUUUUUCAGUACCAUUAUCAUUUCAAAUGGUGACUAAACGAAAUGGUUAUAAGUCAAGGACUACCUGUACAAUUCCUUGCAUGAAAAGGAGGGCCAUCAGCUAAAUCACAAUCUCCUUUUGGACAACUCUUGAUAAGGGAGACACAGUUUUAAUGAUCAUUAAGACAUCAGAAACAGCAACCCAAAACUAAAAAGAAAACGAUAUUCAGGUAACAUCAAUAUUAUCAAUGGACUGUAUUUAUCAAGACUGGUUCAAUAAUAGAAAUAGCUGGAUAAACUUUUUGCUUGAAAAAUGGUUUUGAUAAGAUGUAUGGAAAGUUUAAAUGAUCUGAUAUAAGAUUAAAUGUAGAAGCUAUUAUUUAUAAAGAAACAUAAUAUAAUAAUACAGGGUUAACUCUAAACAGGCAAGAAAUCUUACAUUAUAUACAGGUAUUCCUCAACUUAUGACCAUAGUCGAGGCCAAAAUUUCUAUUGCUAAGUGAGACAGUUGUUAACUGAGUUUUGCCUCAUUUUACAACCUUUCUUGCCACAGUUGUUGAAUGAAUCACUGCAGUCAUGAAGUUAGUAACAUGGUUGUUAAAUGAAUCUGGCUUCCCCCAUUGAUUUUUUUUGUCAGAAGGUCGUAAAUGUUGAUUAGAUGACCCCAGGACAUUACAACCGUCAUAAAUACACGCCAGUUGCCAGCAUCUGAAUUUUGAUCACAUGACCAUAGAAAUACUGCAACGGUUGUGCGAAAAACAGUCAAAAGUCACUUUUUUCAGUGCCGUUGUGACUUCAGUCACCAAACGAAUGUUUGUAAAUUGAGGACUAUCUGUACUAUUGGUAAACUUGAGGUUUACUUACUAAUGUUCUUAUAUGAUUCUCCUUAGAUAAUUUUUUUUAGUUUUGAUAUCUUUUUACAAUUGACUUUUAUACAGUACUGUAUUUGGUUUGUUUCUAAUAAACCAUAUUUUACUAUGGUGAAAUUCUGUUUACAGUACAUUUUUAUAAGGAUUUGGGAGUUACUGUUUUAUCAGAGCCUCCUUCCAUGCACUGGGUUUGGAAUAAUUUUGGAAUGAUUUAUUACCCAAAAUGUUAUUUCCUGCUAUAUAAUGUGUGCCUCCUCAAAGAUGAUCAAUCUCUUGUUUAUAUUGUUUGCAAAACUAUAUUGGUUUUGGUUGCUUGAUGUACUAAUUUAAAGCUUAAUGUGAUUUCUUUGCUCAUGUUCUAGCAAAUUUUCAGUGAAUACACAUUAUGUUUGUGGUUUCUUCAGUAAAACAUGCUAAUGCUAAGCAUGAUUUAGGGCAGUAGUGUUGUGUAGUAUGGCAUUAGUUGCUGUGUUAGAGACAGCUGUCAUUUAUUUCUUAAAGUAUGGAAUUCUUAACAAAAACAAUAUAGGAAAGCUAACAGCUUCUCAUUUGUCCGGAUCAACAGAGACAUAUAUUUGCAGUUCAAAUCACUCAGGGAGUUUAAUAAUUAUUGCUGUACGAUUCUCAUUGAUCAAAAAUAAGACUUGUUAUUUGCAAUCAUGUUUCAGACAAAAUGCAAUAAAAAUCCAUGAAAUGAUCAAAA